ACUUGCAGAGUUCACAAAUACAGACACAUUUGGCUUCAAAUCCAUUAAAUCCCCAGGCCCCUACGAUCUUCUUCUGCCAGCAUUCAAAGCUAGCGAUUCUACACCAAACCAACUGGACACUCACAGUCUCCAAACCGCAACCAUAUCCACCAUCCCAACGACAGCCAGCACCAGCAGCGCUAUUCUGAAACCAUGACGAGCCUCAAGGACUUUCGUGUUCUCACCUUCGAUGUCUACGGCACUUUGAUCGACUGGGAGAGCGGCAUGCUGGCAGCGUUGCAGCCCCUCCUCGACGAAAACAAGCGUACCGAGUCCGAUUUCUCUCGGAAGCACCUCUUGGAAGUGUACCACGAGCUCGAGGCCAAACAGCAAACCCAAACUCCGGAUCUCCUGUACUCUGAGCUCCUCACCACAAUCCACCCUCAGAUAGCCGAGAAGCUGGGACUGGCCGCGCCGACUCCAGAGGCCUCCAAGGCCUUUGGAGACUCGGUCAGUCGCUGGCCCGCCUUCCCAGACUCAGUCGACGCCCUGCGCCGCCUGGGGAAAUACUACAAGCUCGUUGUUCUCUCCAACGUCGACCGCGAGUCCUUCUCCGGCACCAACUCUGGGCCCCUCGAAGGAGUCCCGUUCGACCUGGUCAUCACGGCCCAGGACGUCGGUUCCUACAAGCCCGACCAGCGCAACUUUGGUUACAUGCUGCGCAAGGUCAAAGAAGCCUUCGGCGUCGAGAAGGAGCAGGUGCUGCAGACGGCGCAGAGUCAGUUCCACGACCACCACCCGGCAAAGGAGGCAGGGAUCAAAUCGUCGUGGAUCGUGCGGCCUGGUGCGGUCAUGGGGAACAGAAACCACGAGGUUUAUGACUGGAAAUUUGACACGCUGGGUGAGAUGGCGGACGCUUACGAGAGUCAGUUGUCUUGAAUAAAUUGUAAUGUUGGCUUGUUUUGCGGAAAAGAGAAAGAAUCCACCACGCUCGCUCUCUAGAAACUUACAACAAAGAAAUAUUGAUGCUGAUGUAGAAGGUCUCAUUCCUUGUACGUACACUGCUCAUAUACUCU